AUGCAACCCCUAAAUCCAUUCCUCGCCGCCUUCUUCCGAAGCUCCCUGCCAUCUCAGUGUACGCCGGUACAUCACCACAUCCUCCUGGUCCCAGCCACCGACGUACUCUUCACAUGUCGCGAGAUCGAGAGUGGCUCGACCUUCCAUGAGCUCAUCACUUCGGAGGAGUUCCUAGCUAGCCAUGUGCUCCGUAUACCGGCAUCCAACACCGCCGCUGCGGCUGGAGGCAAGGAUGGCGCGCAGAACUUGCGGGAGCUGAGGGGCAAGGCGAAGCAGUACCAGACCAUCAAUGGUCGCACAGUUGUCAUUAAAGACAUUCAUGUCUACAGCAAUAAAGGCUUCAAGUCGCUUGCGCAAGCACAACUCCUCAACGAUUCGACAUGGUACCCCGACAUGCUCGAGCCCCGCCAAUGGCUCAUUUACUACAUCUCGCGGCCGCUGAUGGGGGUGUGGGAAGAAAUCAAGAUCGAGCCGGCGGUUCUGAUUGAGGGGAUGGCGAGACGACAGGCGCUCGAGCAGAGCAGGUCAUCCGCCGCCGAGGGCACCGAAGGUGCCAUGGUGCCGCGCAAGAAGGAUAUCAAGAGUUUCCACGACCUCCUCACCCACUUCCCCGUCAUUGCGCGACAGAUGCAGCCUGGUUUGGAGAAGCUUUUCCGGGAAUUCUCCACAGUCUUCGAGCGACCGCUUCCGCCGCCCCCUUCAGCCUUCCGCAUACCCGAUCCGGCGCCCGACGGACCCAUCACCACGGCGAUGAGGAAUGCCAGGUCUAACAGCAUGUCGACAGCAGAGCGGCCCAACGGGGUCUCCAACGGACUACCUGUGACGGAAAACUUUUACGCCGAGGAUGACGAGGAUGUGAUGAGGGCGUCGCUCGAAACUGCCGUUACUGCGGCAAUUGAUCUGUUCCAGGGCGUCGACAAGCAGCAACUUUCCAUGCUCGGAGCCACGACGGACUUGACGGGCCCACUUGUCGAGAGGCUCAUCGAGAGAUAUGUCUCGGAGAAUGUGCAUUAUCUCCUGUUUCCGCGUCUCAGUGCAUUAAAACGGCCUUACGACCUGGAGUUAGAGGCCAAGAUUCGGCAAAUGGAGUACAUCGACCUUUCCCAGCUGGGAAUCACCAUCGAAGGGGGCACCCGAGGGAAGCAUGAUCUCACGAUACAACUUGGUCUAGCUGUGGAGGAGUUCAAGAAGAUGGCCAACGCCCCGAGUCCGCAAGAGAUGCUUGACUUGCUUCUAUCAACCAUGAAGCUGGUGACGCACCUGACAAACUCUUCCCAGGCGCGAGCGACCUCUUCGUUGGAGAAGCCAACCAUCACCAUCAAUGCCGAUACUCUUGUAUCUCUACUGUUGUUCGUCGUCAUCCGAGCUCAAGUGAGACACUUGCACGCCCGGCUCAUUUACAUUCGACACUUUAUCUUCAUCGACGACGUCGACAACGGCGAAAUGGGCUACGCCUUGAGCACGUUUGAGGCUGUGCUGGCGUACCUUGUACUUGAUUCGGCAGGACUGCGGAGGGCUAGUCGGAGAAACAAAGCGCUAUGGGACGCUGCUUGCAACGGGAGUUUAGACGACCUGAAGAAAAUCAUGGAGCCAGACUCAAAUGCGAUCAUCGACGAUGAUCUUUACGACUCACCCGAUUCGAGUCGACGGCCGUCUCGGAGCUGGAGCUAUACCAAUGGCUCUACGUCUAAGAGAUCGUCCGCCGCCUUGACAUUCUCGGACCGGUUUUCCUCCGGCUCUGGUCUCAGCCAUGUCUUCCCGUUCCAGGCCGAGGACAACGGUAGCGACCUUGAGUUCCCUCUACCCCCUGUUCCUCCUCCCCCAAGGAAGGUGAAAAGGGUCGCCAUGGACACGAGAAGCAUGUCCAGCGGGUCUGAGAUCUCAUACCAUUCCAGGGCAACAAGCAACGGAACUGUUGAAAGCGUGCUGGAAGGAGACAUCACAAUAGAUCGGUUAUCGCAGACGCAUAACUUGUUCGGAGAGUCAAUCCUCAUGAUGGCUGUACAAAACGAGAGGCCCGAUCUGUUGCGGUACUUGCUCACACUGGAUGAAUAUUAUCCACCUUCUGUGGUGCUGGACGACAUCAACAACGAGGAUACAACGCUGUUUAGCGCCGCGGUUCAACUGGGUCACGCAGAGCUGAUCAACGUCGUCCUUGACUUCGUCAUGGCCUCGGCGCCAAAAGAGAGGCUUUUGGAGUACUUUGCGCAACAGGACAUUUGGGGGCGCAGCUGCGCGCAUUACCUGUUCCACGCGCCGUUUUUGAUCUCUCGGAUCGGGAAAUUAAUCCCCUGGCGGCAAAAAGACAAGAAUGGUCAGACGCCACUUUUUGCGCUAUGCCGGUCCUAUGACCACGUUCAUUACCGCGAAAUGGUGGAUGCCGGCCUUGAUGCGGCCACGGAAGCGCAGGGUGACGAGCUUCCACUGCACAUUGACGAUCAUGUGGACGCGAAGGGCAACACGCUGCUCCACAUUGUCAACGAUGCGCAGCUCGCCAUUAGAGUUCUCCAGCAGUGCGAUGUCGAUGUCAAUGCUACCAACGAAAAGAAGUUUACGCCGCUGAUGGUCGCCAGCAAAUACGGCAGACUGGACAUGGUGCGGACGUUGUUUGUGGAUACACGCGUCGAUGUUGCGGCCCGAGAGCUCCGAAGCCUGACGGCCGUCGAACUGGCCAAGGAUGAUGACAUCCGAAACAAGAUUGACGACCUGGCCCUCUUCAGCAUGCGCCCUGGUGCGGAUGCGCGCAUCACCGGUGUCGUAAGAGCCUUUUUUGUGGAAGAUGCAACCAUUCGCUUGGUCCUGAAAUCGGCCGCCCCGGCCGACCAUUUGAGCUACACCGUGACCACGAGUCGCCGAAACCUCUCGGAUUUCGAGAAUCUUGGCAACCUGCUUGCACUAGAGAACCCGGCGUCGUGGAUUCCGGCAGUCGCAGGUGUGCGGUCGCCGUUCCAGAUACCUUCAAAGCCUUCGAGGGCGGUGCUGAGGGAUAUCCAGACUCGUGUCGACUGGUUUCUCAAGAUUAUGCUCAACCACCCGACGUUUGCGACGCAUGAGAUGCUUUGGGAAUUCUUCCUGGUGCCCGACAUCCAGCUCGGUAUGAUGGAGCAAAGGAGUAAGCUGAAAGCCGAGACUCGAGCUGAGAAGGUUCGGGAAGAGUACGCGCCUGUGCGGGAUGUGCGCGAGGUCGAGCAGUUUGUGGACCAUGCAAGAGAGAUGGUGCGGAGCGUCAACUACUCAACCAAGAGCGUGGCUAGGAGAGUCAACUCGAUCUCCGUUGUCGCGUCAGACCUCCACGAUGCAUCGGCUCUUCUGUACCGCGCAGUAUCGACGCUGCCAUUUCUGCCACCGGCGUACAUCACAGCGCUCGAUUCGUAUGUCCGUACCAUUGCGCCAAUGCAAUCAAAUCCUUACGGCAUCUUCCACUCGACAUUCUUGGCGUCGCAAUCGACGAUCCAGGCCCUCCUGUCGGCACUCUCGCGGCCACCUGCCCAAAUUGCGCAGAUAUCAGCUGCACGCAAGUCGGCGGAGAGGAGUUACAACUCGCUGACGCGGUCGACACGGUGGCCGCUCGGUCUACUGGACGACACGCGACAGCGCCUCAACGAAGAGAGGGAGGAGAAGGCGCGCCAGUCGCAAGAGCAGGUGGACGACCUCGGCCGAGAACUUCGUUACUCGCAGCAGGUGGUAGCCGGGGAGCUGGCCGGGUGGCAAGACCUGCACGAGAAGAUGGGGCGGCGGGCGAUCAAAGACUUUGCCAAGGGCAUGGUGGUUCAAGAACGACUCCGGCUGGAUGGGAUGAUGCGGGCGCUGCGGAGGCUGCGAGAGGGCAAGGCGGAACUCGAGAGGGCUUCCGCCUCUCUGGCAAACGUUUCAGGGCCAUCGGGUAUGAGUCAAUCGACUCGUGAGAGGACGGGGACGGAUGCGGGCGAGGGAGCUAGCGGUGCGAGCUCCAGAGUGGGCAGUGAGGUGGCGAAUGGAGCGGGCCUCUAG